GGAUACCUACUGGAUAAUAAAAGGACUGCUGGUUUGCCAGAUGAAUGAAACAGCCAAGGGUAUGCUGGACAAUUUUGCCUUUAUGAUUAAAACUGUGGGACAUGUCCCUAAUGGUGGCCGGGUGUACUACUUGAGACGAUCCCAGCCCCCCAUGUUUAUACCCAUGGUACACGAGUACUACCGGAGUACCGGGGAUAAAGCCUUCGUCCGGGACAACAUCGCAACCAUGGAAAAGGAGUACCAGUUCUGGAGAGACAAUAGAUCAGUAGAUAUGAGGAGAGGAUAUGAGACUUACUCCCUGGCACGAUACGCCGUGGACAUGGCUGCGCCAAGGCCAGAAUCCUACAUAGAGGACUUGGCUACCACAGAGGGGUUGUCUCCAGAGGACAGUUUGGAGCUGUACUCAAAUCUCGUCUCGGCAUGUGAGUCUGGCUGGGAUUUCUCCUCCCGAUGGUUCUCGGAUUCACAUUCGAGUGGCAAUACCACGGUUAACAACGAGGGACUCCGAAUGACCAACACCAAGGACAUCAUACCCGUUGAUCUCAACUCUAUCCUCUGUUGGAAUGAAAGAAUAUUGGCAGAUUUUUACACUCUCCUUGGCGAUGCAUCUAAAGCAGAGUACUAUGCUGAGAGGCACAAGAGUCGCCGUAGAGCGAUCAAUUCUAUCCUGUGGGACAAGAAUGCUGGCAUGUGGUUCGACUUCUCUCACAGUCAAAAUAAAUCCAGGACACGCUUUUAUGCCUCCAACGUAUUCCCUCUGUUUGUCGACUGUGGUGACGAGGACAGUCAAACAUUCAAACGCCAGCUAUCUGCUGCGAAUUCUUAUAUCAAGAACGAGGUGGAGUACGAGGGCGGAGUGCCCACUUCCCUGGACCAGACGGGUCAACAGUGGGACUUUCCCAAUGUCUGGCCUCCCCUCCAGCACGUGUGGAUAGAUGGUCUGUCUAACACAGAGCAUCCCGACCUGACCGCCCUCGCCUUAACCAGCGCUCAGAAGUGGGUCCGGAGUAACUACAUUGGCUGGCAAAGAACCAGGACAAUGUUCGAAAAGUACAGUGCAGAAGUACCGGGAUCUAGAGGUGCCGGAGGGGAGUAUGAUGUACAGGUAUGUAGUCUUAAGCCGGGAUCUAGAGGUGCUGGAGAGAAGUAUGAUGUACAGGUAUGUAGUCUAAAGCCGGGAUAUAGAGGUGCUGGAGGGAGUAUUAUGUACAGGUAUGUAGACUAAAGCCGGGAUAUAGAGGUGCUGGAGGGUAGCAUGAUGUACAGGUAUGUAGUCUAAAGCCGAGAUCUAGAGGUGCUGGCGGGGAGUUUGAUGUACAGGUAUGUAGUCUAAAGCCGGGAUAUAGAGGUGAGGGGAGUAUGAUGUACAGGUUUGCAGUCUAAAGCCGGGAUAUAGAGGUGCC